AUGGGCAAAACUGAUUCAUUUAGGGCGCUUCUUUUAAACAUAGCCCAAGAGCUAACCUCGAGUAAUUUUGACGAUAUGAAAUUCGCUUGCGAUGGUGAAAUUCCCGACGGGGUUUUAGAGAGACUUGCCCGACCUAUAGAUCUGUUUUCUGAACUCGAACAUCGUGACUUGUUGACUGAAACAAACAAAGAUUUUUUGGCAGAGUUAUUGCUUCAUAUUGGACGGCAGGAGCUGGCUCGAAAACUGCUUGGCAUGAACGAAAAAGGUUUGAAUUUAAUGUCGUUUAGUUAAAGUAUAUUUAUAAGCUAUAAAUUAUAUUGUUUGUUUAUAGUACUGACUUAAUAAUUAAGCACACGCGUUUUUCUUGAUAUAAGGUUAUUAUUAAGGCUUUUCCAUAAAACUUUUCAUAAGUAUUAAUAUAUAUAUAUAUAUAUAUAUAUAUAUAUAUAUAUAUAUAUAUAUAUAUAUAUAUAUAUAUAUAUAUAUAUAUAUAUAUAUAUAUAUAUAUAUAUAUAUAUAUAUAUAUAUAUAUAUAUAUAUAUAUAUAUUUAAGGUUUGCAAAGGAUAACCUUUUUUGAAUUAGCUGUAUAUUAGCACAGUUGAUGCUGGUAGAUUUAUUAUUUUUUCCCCUCUGUUAUUUAGCUUGCAAACUAAAACGUUCGUGUAGCAUGCUUCAUGGAACCCUGCCAGGGAAAGUGCCACACUUCCUCGGCCGCGCUCUUCUCUGUGAAGAGGUCAUUGCUCACCUUCACAAAGGUCACGAUCGUCUUGUUACAAUUACCGGCCCACCAGGCUACGGGAAGUCAUCAGUCGCUAUCAGUGUUGGCCACGAAAUGAUGGAACAGUAUGAUUACCAUGUGUAUUACAUAUCAACACGUGGUGCCUCGUCUGUUGAUAGUGUCGCAUUCCAACUCCUGUAUUCCAUGGGCAUUGUUUCCGGAGAAGACCCUAUCUCCCAAGCACAUCACUACUUUGAAGCGUCACAUCAAGAUACUUUACUUGUACUUGAUAAUGUUGAAGACAUGCUGGUUCCUGAAUUGAAACCAAGUUUUCUAAAGUUUAUAAAGCUUACGGGUGAAAUGGCGCCUCACAUAAAAAUGAUCGUCACUUCUCGAGUUGCGUUGAAAUUCAUCUCCUUUAAAAUGAAGAAUGUCCCACUUCCUGCAUUGACCAAGACAGAAGCAGCCCAGCUUAUCCGUAUAUUUUCUCCUCAAGAAAUAUCCAAUUCUCAUGCAGAAACUCUAGGUCAUCUUUGCAAAGGGAUUCCAUUACUCAUCCGGGCAGUUGCAUCAUUACUCGAGACGAAUGUUGACCCAGAGUUGUUGAUUAAAGAGUUUGAGCGUUCACCCGGUACGACUUUGCGGAGUUUUGGCUUAGCAGGAAUGCCACCCGAGUCAGAUAUGUAUCCAUGUUUAAAGAUCUGUUUCGAAAGAUUGAGUCCUGAGCUACAACGCCACUUAGUUGCAUUAUCCAUUUUUCCAUCAUCGUUCAAAAUCGCCGACACAAGUUGCGUACUUCGAGACAUGUCCGACCUACAGCGACAACUUAUCAUCACUCAACUUGUUGAUAACUCCUUUGUCCGGCCUGAUACAGAAGGACGAAGCUUUUACGCCGUUCAUAGAAUAGUCCAAGUUUUCUGCAAAGAACUCUUAAAAGAGAGCAAAGAAUUGAAAGAAUUUUAUCAAAAUGCUUCCAACCACUUCAAUUUGUACUUUUUGACCAUUUUACAUGAUUUAAACGAGAAAUUUUAUGGCUCAGGAGAGGAACUUAAGACAGUCAUGAUUGCAUUUGAAUGCAAAAAGAAUAACUUUUUCUGUGCGUUGGAAAGUUCGAUUCGUGAGAAAAAGCUUGCAAAGUACGCAGCAGAUUUGCUCAAUUCUUCAUUCAAGUUUUUCACCAUACGUUUAUCUUCAAACGAGUUCUGUCGACUGUACCAAAGUUUGCUUGAGGUUUUUAAAAACUCUGAAGAUAAGAAGCGCUACAGUCAUUGUUUAGUCUCGAUUGCUUUUCAUCAAUUCUGGGUCAUGUGUUCCUGCCAUCGUCCUUGCCCCAAAGCUACAAAGAUGUUCAAGGAAGCGUACGAGAUGCAGAAGAAGCUUGGAUUUACCAAGACUGAACAGUAUGCUGAAUGUCUGAGUAAGCUUGCAAGAGCGUAUGCAUUUGAUGGCAGCUUAGCCGAUUCUGUCACGAUGGUUGAUGAAGCAAAUACUAUCGUGCAAGAAAUAGGGUGCAGUAAUCUUUCAAAGAUGUCUGUGUUAAAUGAUUAUGCAGGUGAGUUUUUUGUUGUUUUUGUAAUUUAUGUUGUCAUAGUAUCAAUACCACUGCCCCUUGUAACGUUCCCUUAUGGAAAGUAUGUCACCUUGCAUAUAGAGGUCUAUAGAGCCUCGUUUUUAUGACACCUUCCAGAAGGGUGCAUUCAGCUCUGAAAAAUUACUAUUUUGUUUGAAUAUAGCGGUGUACAGCUACCACAAGCACCAUGAAACUGCAAUCAAGCUGCGAGAGAGAUUCCUACCGACAGCCAAGGAGCACAUGACAGACCACCCCUCAGUUGGUACACUGUACGAGGAACUGGGCAGCUCUUAUGAGGCCCUGGGUAAUGCUGAGAAAUCCAUGGAUUGUCGGAAAGAAGCAAUUCGAAUCUACGAAGGAUUCCUUGGUGAUCACAAGUUUACUGCUACUUCAUAUCUGGGUCUUGGAACUACGUUGAAAUCCCAAGGUAAAUACCUUAUUGGAUGUACAAUCGCGCCGUACGCAUGCUAUCUCAGUCUUAAAUUCCCGCGAUUUCAUUUUGCGCACCGAAUUUUGCGAAGAUUAUCUUUUGCGUGGAUUAUUUUUUGCGCGUUUUUUUAUGGUGUUUUUCCCUGGUCCUCGGGUUUUUCUCCCUCGCCAGAAACUAACCCUUCCACCUUAACUGUGUUCAGACAUGGAUUGUAUGAUAGCAGCCAGAGGUGCCCUGCCUCCCUUACAAUUCAGCUCUCGCCUACAGGGAAAGAUGAUUACUACAUUCGCCUUGACUGCACCUAAAACUAUUUCAUUUGUUAGGUAAAUACGAAGAGGCACUUGAGGUUCUUCGGAAAGCGCUCGAGAUUCAACGUAGAACGAUUGGACCGCACGUGGAAACUGUGAUCACGAGUCAAGAGAUUGAGAAAGUCCUUGGAAUUCUUGGAAGAAAAAAUGAAGCUGAAGAGGCUGCGAGAUUUUCUCAGAAAUUGAUGGAUGAUCAGAAACGAAUUGAGAAAGCGAUGGAAGAUUUGAAAAUUUAGAAGAAAAGUAGACAAUUAGAACUGACUGUUCGAAAUUGAAAGUGUGAUUACAUUGAUAACGAAUCUGAAAUAAUUUAACAUGAUAACGAAUCUGAAAUAAUUUAACCGAUGCAUUUCCGGGUUGAUUUGCUGGAUGCACCCUUUAGGUAUCUAUAGUUGAAUUUUGCAAGUACUUUUUGAAGUUAAUUUUAAACAUUUUGCAUGUAUAUUAAUUGAGGUGCAUUUAUUAUUACUUGCCAGGUAAAAAUUAGAAUUUUUAAAAUUAAUGGCAUUUGCUGUUGACUGUUGCCGAAAGAGGAUGAUGAUCAAAGAUCUAAAUGGAGUUGAAAUGGAGAACUCAUUCUUCAUAAAAAUUGUAACAAUACACAUGCACGAGUAAUUUGCUAGAUAAGUAAUUUUGUAUAAAUAAAUAAAUAACGCGUAUACGCCACAAUUACAUCGUAAUUUGCCAGUAUAUUAACAACUUUAACAAACGGCUAUGCACAAUUAGUGUAUACAUACAUUAAUA